CACAAUGCUAAACUGCUGGCGUUGAACUAUAAUUCGACCGGCGGCACGCUACUCUAUGAGCGCCGUUUCCAUAUCGACUGUGAUAACUGAACCCCCAAUCCAAACGAAUGAGGUAUGACGAGGGCCAGUCCUACUGGUCGCUUUCCCACCCACCAAUAUGGCACAGCCACUCUCCGGAUCGCCGAGCUCAUCCUUCUUCGUUAUGCGCCCGACGGCCCAAAGCCUCCCUACAUCCCUUGCUCAACAGAUGAACCGAGCUUCCACAAAUGCCAGCGCAGAAGUAUCAGCAGGACGUUCGGCUGGUUAUGGGCAACCUUGUCUCCAUACGGACCAAACGGUACUCCUCCCUCCACAGGGCCCGAGCCAGAUUCCAGGGACCUAUGCUAGUGCUGCUGAGGCCUGGGAUCCUAUCACGACUCCUGCUCAUAGUUCCCGCGACUUCAUGUCUGCCGGUAACCGAGGGCAGGCUCAUCUUCUCGAGGGGAUAGCAGCAACAGACGCUUGCCAAGGGACCGAGGCGCCUUUGAACACAGCUGGCUCCUCUAGCCCAGCUGGCAACACAACAGGUGCUACGCCUCGCACUAGAAUCAAGUGGAGAUUCAACAAAAGAAACUUCUGCAAGCUCUUAAGAAAAUGUUUCCGCCGCAGAGAAAAACUUGAAUCUGCCCGGUGGACGAUUAAAGGGUAUAUGGCGGAGGACAUCCAGUCGGCCGCUAGGAUCCGGGAUCUAGAGGCGAGCAAUCAGGAUCUAAAGGCACUCAAUCUGUUUCUAGAGGGACGCUAUAUUGUCCUAGAGGCACGCAAUCUGUUUCUAGAGUCGACCGUGGAUGAUCUAAACGGUGAAUGCCAGGCACUUUGGGAUGCGCGUACGAAUUUAGAGCACAUGCACCAAUUGGACGCAGAGAAGCUGCGACAAAAAGAUCACUUAAUUUCGACUUUACUUGACAGCUUGACAGGGAGGGGUUUGUAGUUUCUUAGAGUGAAUUAGCUGGCGUGGACAGAACUCUUUAGUGCCCUCUGGGCCCGACUUUAACUAAUUUCAACGCGUUCUCCUCCCAUCCCGAGGCACCGCCAUAUGCAGCAAUCACGUCCUCCACAUCGAUUUCCGAAAAUGGCAUUACCCGCCUCCGUCCCAGCAAGCAUUCUUUCCUUGUACUCGGUAUUCGCAGCAUUUCCUUCUCAAGCUCCCAUCCGCAAUCUAUCGCUAGCUUCGAUACCCAGGCGACCAAUGAAGCAUACGCCGAACUCGACACGCCAGCUUCUUUCGACGGCGGCGCGCGGAAGCGUGCACCGGUCAAGUUAUGGCUGCAGCAUGGUAUUGCUAUGAAAGGCGACUCGGAC